UCUGAGCUCAGUACAGACGGAUACAAAUCUAGUACAAACGAUAGAAUUACUUGAUUUUGCGAAAAGAAAUUAUCUGUCGGCUGUCUCCAUACAAAUUUUGGCUAUAGAAAAAAAGAGUGCGAGGACCGUUAGAUUUUGUCGCAAUUCAUCACACUGCGUCAUUAAUUUAUAAGCCCCAAAAUUUGCGAAUUAAGUUCGUGGAAUUGCUCACAGAAUCGCAAGCAGACGUCGUUGGAUCAAGAGGUUAGGUCAUUCAGUGUCAUGCUAAGUGAAAAUGAAAGUGAAAGGCCGACUGUGCCAUUUGUUUGAUCACUAAUAAAUCAUAAAUUCCCUAUUGUUAAUAAACAAAUAUACCAAUUGCUGGUUGAAUGAGGAGAAACUGUGCAAUUAUUAUUGUACGACUCGGAUGAUAGUUAAUGACAUUCGAUCGUUAUUCAUCUAUGUGCUGAAUGUGUACGCGUACAACAAUGUGACAGCAACAAUGAUCAUAUGGGACUUGUCAUUCUGUGUUUAAGAUAAGAAAAAUCAUUGAUAUGCUUAUGUAACAUCAUCGUGAAAAACUCACAAAUUGAUGGUAUGAUUUGUGUGAGAUGCUUUUUCAUUUCAGCAACUCGCUGUUUAUCAGAGUCAUCCCAUAUUUAUCGCGCACAUAAGAGUCUUGGAGUGUAUCGUGGAACGUUGUUAUCAGCUGGGCGCAAAAGAAUAGACUACACACUGCCCCCUGCCUUAACAAUGGCAUCAUCCUCGCACCCUCCACCCCACCGGAACAAACUGGCGCUAGAGAAGUCCCCCUACCUCCUCCAGCACGCCUCGAACCCGGUGCAAUGGUACCCCUGGGGUGACGAAGCCUUAGAAAAAGCCAAACGCGAGGACAAGCUAAUUUUCUUAUCGGUCGGCUACUCCACGUGUCACUGGUGUCAUGUGAUGGAGCACGAGUCCUUCGAAAACGAGAUCAUCGCGAAGAUCAUGAAUACAUACUUCGUAAACAUAAAGGUGGAUCGAGAGGAGCGACCGGACAUUGAUAAGAUCUACAUGACUUUUGUCCAGAACAUCUACGGCCACGGUGGUUGGCCAAUGAGUGUCUUUUUAACACCAAGUCUAAUCCCAGUGAUGGGAGGCACAUAUUUCCCACCAGUGGAUAAAUACGGCCAGCCCGGUUUUGAAAGAGUCCUGCUAUCACUCUCCCAGAAGUGGCUGGAGAACAAACAAGAACUGAUUCGCUCUAGCUCCACGAUCCUCGACAUCCUAAGGCAAUCGAGCAAAGGAGAAACGCUCUCUGGAUCUCCCCCUCCAUCUGCUGACAGUGGUAACAAAUGCGUCCAGCAACUAGUCCGCUCGUUCGACCCUGAAUUCGGUGGCUUCUCCGACGCCCCGAAAUUCCCCCAGCCUGUCAAUCUGAAUCUCCUCUUCCACAUGUACGCACGUGACCGCAAUAGUGAUCUCGGCAAGCAAUGCCUGAGCAUGUGCAUAAAAACCCUGAAGAAGAUGGCGAACGGAGGAAUCCAUGAUCACGUGGGUCAGGGUUUCUCGAGGUACUCGGUUGACGGCAAAUGGCACGUACCUCAUUUCGAGAAGAUGCUUUAUGAUCAAGGACAGCUGUUGAGAUCAUACUCAAACGCUUUUGUGGCAACUAAGGACACCUUUUACUCUGACAUAAUCGACGACAUUGUCACAUAUGUCACGAGAGAUCUCAGGCAUAAGGAAGGGGGAUACUACAGCGCUGAAGACGCUGACUCCCUGCCUUCGGCUAAUGCCAGACAGAAGAAGGAAGGGGCUUUCUACGUGUGGAGUGCUGAGGAGAUUGAUCAGCUUCUGGAUAAGAACAUCAAGAAUGAAACACGACUGAGCGAUAUUUACAUUUAUCAUUACGGGGUGAAGAAGAACGGAAAUUUAGAGAAACGUCAGGAUCCACACAAUGAAAUGACUGGAAAGAAUGUUUUGAUUGUCUAUGGGGGACUGGAAAAAACUGCGGAACAUUUUAAGAUAAGUGUUGAUGAGUUGAAGGGGCACCUAAAGGAUGCGAAUAAAAUAUUGUUUGAGGAGCGUUCGAAGAGACCCAGGCCUCAUCUGGAUGACAAGAUCGUCACUGCAUGGAACGGAUUGAUGAUCAGCGGAUUGUCGUACGCUGGUGCGGCCAUGAGGAACAAGGAUUACGUGCAGUAUGCGGUGGAUGCAGCUAAGUUUACCGAGAAGUAUUUGUUUGAUAAGGAUAAGAGGGUUCUCUUGAGGAGUUGCUACAGGGGGGAUAAUGAUGUUAUCACUCAGCCAGGGGUUCCUAUCAACGGAUUCCACGGCGAUUACGCUUUCAUGGUACAGGGACUUAUUGAUUUGUAUACUGCUACAUUGGAUUCACAGUGGCUGGUACUCGCUGAAGAACUACAGGAUGUGCAGGAUGAGCUAUUUUGGGAUGCCGAGGGAGGAGGGUAUUUCAAUACCACAAAAGGGGAGAAAAAUAUUAUUCUCCGGCUCAAAGAUGAACAUGAUGGGGCAGAGCCGUCAAGCAACUCCGUAGCUGCUAAUAAUCUACUACGUCUAGCUUCAUUGUUGGAUCGAAAAGAUUAUAAUGAAAAGGCUGAGGCGAUCUUCAAACAUUUUUCGGACACCUUAACGAGAAUUCCAGUGGCCGUGCCAGAACUAGGUUGUGCUUUACUUCAUUAUCAUGAUGCUACAACUCAACUGUAUAUAGCAGGAAAGAAGGACGCGAAGGACACGCAAGAACUUCUGGACGUAAUCAGAGACCGCCUAAUUCCUUCCAAAGUUCUACUUCUAAUCGAUCCAGAUGAUACUGAUUCGAUAAUAUCGCGAAAAAAUGAACUCGUUUUGAAAAUGAAACCGCACAACGGUCGAGCGACGAUAUUUGUAUGUCGCCAUAGAACUUGUUCUUUACCAAUCGUUGAACCCCAGCAACUGAAGGAACUCCUAGAUUCCGCUAAAUAAAUCCUAUAUAGAUCCCCAUCUAUUAUACAUUAAACGCUUAACCGAUCAAAUACUAUUAAUCGAGGAUUCUAUUUCACCCAGUGCGAAUAAAUGCAAUUGUAAUUUGAUAUUGCAAUUGAUAUUGAGAUGUGGAAAGAAUAAACACCGAAUUGUGAUAGAAAAAUUAGGUUUAUUGAUGUAUAUUGCUGCUGUAAACAUGAGAAAUAUUAUAAAAUAGAUUUGUUGUGCUGGAAAAUAAAUUGAUUGUUGAGUUAGAGCUCA